AUGGCUUUCCUUGUGACAUCCUUAAUAUUCGCUGUGGUCGGCAUCAUUGCUUCGAUUUUCACAAGGAUCUGCUUCAACCAAGGCCCCUCCACCAAUCUGCUACAUUUCACUUUGGUCAUUACUGCGACAGUCUGCUGUUGGUUGAUGUGGGCAAUUGUAUACAUUGCGCAGAUGAAGCCUCUCAUUGUCCCUAUCCUAAGCGAAGUAGAGUAGAUACCAUCUUCUACUCACACUAGGCAACCCUUGAGUGGCUGCUCGUGCUUUCUGUGUAUCUUUUUCAAUCAAACAUAUUGGUUUUAUUCUCUUUUCUUAUUCUUAUAGCUGUGUGAAACAUACAAUACCUCUUCCCUACUUUACUUUCACGUUCAACUAUGAAACAGUAUUCAUUGUAUUCGAAAGACUAUGCCAGAGAGUGAGUCUAUAUUGUUGAUGAAAUAAAAUCUUUGGAAGAACGCU